ACAAGGACGGAUCGACUAUGUACUACAUUGCAGUUUGGGAAGCAGCCAGCUUAAUGUCAGAUUCUUUCGAAGAGAAAACGAUUGUCAGUACCAGUGGGUUCCAUAACACAUCCGUCCUGAUUGAGGGACUCUGGAGUUGCUGGAAUUACACCUUUAAGAUCACAGCAGCUACUCCAGUUGGAAACUCAAGUGCUCAGUCUCUAAAUGGAACUGUCCGGACUAAAGAGUCAGUUCCAUCACAGCCAAAGGAGUUCUGGGCCUUUGUGAACAGGUCGUCGGAUGUGACUCUGUUCUGGGUACCCGCUGAACAUCAGGACGGACCGACAACCUACUACAUUAGAGUUAUGGAAGAGACCAGCCUGAACUCAGGAACCUUCGCAGAGACAGAGUUCAUUAGUGUCAAGGGAUUUCAUAAUACAUCCGUCUUGAUUGAGGGUCUCCGGAGUUACUGGAUGUACAACUUCAGCAUUACCGCGGCUACUUCAUGUGGAAACUCAAGUGUCUUGUCUGUGAACGCAUCAGUCCAGACAAAAGAGUCAGCUCCCGGAUAUGUAGAACAUAUUCACAUACAUCAUGUUCAAGACAAUUAUACAAGUGCUGAAGUCUUCUUCUCCUGUCCCAAUGAAACAGAAAGACAUGGCAUCAUAAAAUAUUACAUACUGUCGUAUGAAGCUCAGGAGAAAUAUGCAUCCACCGUGUUAGAAAAUCCCCAAGGAGUGAAUAUUUCAGCUCAACCUGAGUCCAACUGUAACUACUCACUGGUGGUACCCGUGACAGCUCAAGUAAUCUACAACUUCUCGGUACAAGCAUACAACAAGUAUGAAGGCAAAAAAUCAACCAAGAGUUAUAUCACACCGACAGGAGUGUCCGGUCCCGUGGCUAGUUUUGAUGCACCGAGUAAAACGGCACAUUCAAUAACAAUACAAUGGACCAAGCCAUCACUUCCGAAUGGCAACAUCCUUGGCUAUCGGGUGAACGUUACAUCAGGCGGCAAAUCUGGCCGAGUUAUAAAUGUAACUUGUGACCAGAUUAAGAAACAAGAAUGCAGAGCAGUUGAAACGUCGAUUACAAAGAGUAAUGCUGUUGUCAACGGAGAUGGAAAUGGCCAAUACGACUACAAUAUCACAAACUUACUGUCCUACACUAACUACACGAUAGUUGUAUCUUGUGUCAACAUAAAUGGAACAGGGGAGGAAAGUAUCAUCACUGUUCAAACGAACAUGACUGUUACGUCACCGCCAAGGAAGUUCUGGGCCUCAGUCAACAGCUCGUCCAGUGUGACCCUGUUCUGGACCCACGCUGACCACCAGGACGGACCGACCACCUACUACAUUACAGUAGGGGAAGCAGCCAACUUAACCUCAGACAUCUUCCAAGAGAAUAUGGUAGUCAGUGUCAGCGGAUUUUAUAGCACAUCCGUCCUGGUUGAGGGUCUCCGGAGUUACUGGAAGUACACCUUCAACAUCAGAGCAGCUACUCCACUCGGAAACUCAAGUGUCUUGUCUCUAAAUGAAACUGUCCGGACUAAAGAGUCAAAGGAGAAAUAUAACAACAGCGUGGAGAAAUAUACAACAAACGUGACAGAAAAUCCCCAAGGGUUAAUGAUUUCAGCUCAACCUGAUUCCAAAUGUACCUACUCACUGGUGGUAUCCGUGACAGCUCAAGUAAACUACAUGUUUUCGGUUGUGGCUCAUGAUUCGUUUCCAGGCAGUGAGACAACUGAACAUUAUUUCGCAAAAACUGGGACGCCAGGGAAGGUAUCGGAUUUCACGAGCACGUCCACCACCAGCACCUCCAUCAGCCUGUCCUGGGAACCUCCCACAUAUCCCAACGGCUACAUCCUGGGAUACGCCCUGUAUGUCCACACAGAAGACGGGAAGUGUCAGCAGGCUGUGUACAUUGUCUGUACUGACUGCCAGUCUCAUGGAACCUUCAGAGUUGAGGAUGACAGGUGUCGUCGAUCCCGAAAUGUCACUGUACAAAAACUCGAAACAUCUCCCACCAACUAUAACGUCACCACCCUUUUGUCGUACACUAACUACACCUUCACCGUGGCUGCUCUCAAUAACUUCAGCAUGGGGAUUAACACGUCUCUAGCAGUACAGACAGUCAUUGGUGUUCCAUCGGUGCCUGGAAAUCUCUCCGCAUCUGUGGUAAACGCAUCGUCGGUGGAAGUUACCUGGACUCCCCCGACUCACAAAUCUGGACCGACGAACUACACGAUUAUCCCACAACAGGCUACAGGAAGACUUUCUUCAACGUUCGAGAACAUAAGAAAUGUUACUGUGAACGGUUACAAAUCAUCUAAAACAACCAUUAACAGUCUAUUGAGCUCAUGGAGGUACACGUUCAGCAUCGUAGCCAGUACAUCUAAAGGAGGUUCCCUUCCCGUAGACUUAGGAAGCAACAUCAUAACCCAGGAAUCUCAACCUUGUGAAGUACAGAAUUUGAAAGUUUUAUCGAUUACUGGCAAUUUUACUGCUGUUCAUCUUGCCUGGGACUGCCCGAAAGAAACAGAAAGGAACGGCUUUAUCAGGAAUUACACUAUACAGUAUUCGGAUUCGGUAUGA